UGACCAUUGAAGGAAAACGGAGCAGAAGAGCGAAACAUGGCGACUUCGAACAAUCCGCGAAAAUUCAGCGAGAAAAUCGCUUUACAUAACCAGAAGCAGGCGGAGGAAACGGCGGCGUUUGAAGAAGUGAUGAAAGACCUGAGCAUAACCCGAGCAGCGAGGUUGCAGUUGCAGAAGACCAAGUAUUUGCAGCUGGGGCAGAACCGUGGGCAGUACUAUGGAGGAUCCUUGCCAAACGUCAAUCAGAUUGGAAACAGCACGAUCGACGUGCCUUUUCAGAAUUCAGGGCUCGACAUGAACAGGUCGACGCGACACCACGGAUUGGUGGAAAGAGUCUACCGCGAUCGGAACCGCAUCACAUCGCCCCACCGGAAACCCCUGUCUGUUGACAAACACGGACGACAGAUUGACAGCUGUCCAUAUGGCUCAGUAUAUCUCUCGCCGCCACCUGAUACUAGUUGGAGGAGGACAAACUCUGACUCAGCACUGCAUCAGAGCACACUAACUCCUGCCCAGCAGGCCUCCUUCACUGGAGGAUCACAGGAGCUGCAGCCAAAACGAGUCCUCCUACUCACCGUACCGGGGUCUGAAGCAAUUAAACAAGAGGUGGAUGAAGAUGGACAGAAACAUAACUGGGACAGCAAAAAAAACAUUUCAAGAUCCGAGCCCUGCAAAGUUCCUGGAAUCCACAUUUUCCCAUCUCCAGAACAGCAGCUGACCGCUUCGAUAAAACCAGCAGCCCACAACACUGGCGGUUCUCUUCCCGAUCUGACCAACAUCCAGUUCCCUCCUCCGCUGCCCACCCCCCUCGACCACGACGACCCAGCUGCCGCCUCAUUCGGCUCCCAGAGCAGCACACAGGCUCUGGGUAACACACAAGGAGUGAACACGUCUCAACCCACAGUAGCCAUGGAAAUCCAGGCCGGGCAGGAUAAUGUGAUUCCUCUCAUCCUGAACGCGGGAGACUCCCACCAGCACCAGAACCUGCAGCUCUCCCCAACAACUCCACCUCUCACUCUCUCCCAGGCAGCCAUUAAUGCCAUGAACCUGGAGCAGCAGCUGUCCCAGUACGCCUUCUUCAGCCAGCAGCCGUCGUCCCAGACACACCCAAACCAGCAACAGGCGGGUCUGGUCCAGCUGCCGUCCUCGGUGAACUCCUGCUCCCCGUCAGACAACCAGGCAUCCUCGCAAACCAACAUGACCAUCGACAUGAACGUGGCCUCGUCCCUUCAACAGUACCGCAGUAGGGUUGGAUCCUCUGCCAAUCAAUCUCCAACCUCUCCCGUCUCCAAUCAAGGCUUCUCACCCGGAGGCUCGCCUCAACAUAACUCCAUACUGGGCAGUGUGUUUGCAGACUUCUACGACCAGCAGCUGCCUUCCAUUCAAGCCAGUGCGCUCUCACAGCAGUUGGAGCAGUUCAACAUGAUGGAGACCCCCAUCAGCUCUGACAGCCUGUACAACCAGAACUCCCUCAGUUACUCCCAGGCUCUUAUGAUGGGUUUGACUGGCCACUGCAACCCUCAGGACACGCAGCAGCUUGGAUACAGUAGCCAUGGCAACAUCCCCAACAUCAUUCUCACAGUGAGUGGAGAGUCUCCACCCAGCCUGCCCAAGGACCUGUCUGGCUCGCUGCCCACAGAUGUCAGCUUUGAUGUGGACUCCCAGUUCCCGCUGGACGAUCUGAAAAUCGACCCGCUGACGCUGGAUGGCCUGCACAUGCUCAAUGACCCGGACAUGGUCCUCACCGAUCCCGCCACCGAGGAUGCAUUUCGCCUUGACAGGCUGUAACAAAAGUAGCGGGUGUAACAGGUGUGUGAACUUUGCUACAUAAAGCCGAGGGUUUCUGAGGAGAAGGUAUCUAGAAUCAGGCUGAUCAAAGGCCUCAUCUGGGCUGAGCAUCAAUUCCACACGAACCAACCCAAUCGACUCCCACAAAUGAGCUCUUAAAAUGUUUCUAUAGACUGCUGCCAGCUUCCCUUUAAUGGUUCUCUCACUACCUUUUGUAAUUAAUGGAUCCUGUUGCGAUUUAGAUGAUAUACCCGGUUUUUAUUCGAGGAAGCUUAAUGAAAAUUUGGGGGCAUAAACAGCCCGGUCUCUAAUUCUCCAUCAAUGACUGGCUAAACUAUGUCUGUAGAGCAAACCCGUAAUAAAUCACACUAUAGCGAUCGCACGGCUGUUAACAUAGAGUAGCUUGAUGACUCAGAGGAAACACCUGUUGAGCUUAACCUCCCUCUGUCCCAAGCUGUAAUGGAAGCCCCGGUGAGGCGAUGAGUCACCCUUUUGCAAGCUCAUUUAUUUUUAGGGGAUGCUGAAUUUUGAUUUUUAUCAUAGUCAGUGGCGGUCAUCAGUUUAUGCAUGAAAUCACAAAUCACUGUGCAUACUUGUUUUGCCUUAAUAGCGUCUACAUUUUGGUUUUCAUGCAAAGACGACUCUUAUGUAGAUGAGGAAGAAAGAGGGAAAAAAACAAAGAAGCAUUUUAGGGAUGGAGUAAUUUUUUACAGGUGGUUUGGCCUACGUAAUCCGCCGUUGUGUCGUCACUACCAUAUCAUUUAUCAGCUUCAUUUAUCGCACCUAAACGGAUAAAUGAGGAAUACGAGCUAGAUGUUUACAGGCUUUGUUUUAUAUUUUACAUGUACAGAAUGUGAUUAGAGUUUGCGUAACGGUAUCUAUGCAAAACUACAGCGAUCGAUUUGGGACUGUAAAAUGAAACACACACAUCGAACCCUUAUACGCAGGAAGGCAACGUGCAGGAUUCUUAGAGGACGCACGCCGACCGUGCCAUGUUACUUUUGAAACUGUUUCCGUUCUUUCAGACUAGUGAGGUGUAGAGAUGGUGGGGGGAAAAAAAGGCACACUGAGCGUGGCACACAGGAUUACUCCCAAAGAUGUGACCUCAGCGUAGUUGAAAUAUAUAUAUGUAUAUUUUUCCAGACAAUUGAACUGCCUCUAUAAUAGAACAGAAUUGUUGAUACAAAGAGAAUGUAUUUAGGUCACAUCUGUACAACCAUGUUGUUGCCAUCCUGUCAUCCUCAUUGCCUCUCAUAACUAGCCUUUAUGUCCUUAAGGACACAUAUUGUUUCCCCAAAGCGGAUAUGACAUCCUGCUUUAAGUUUUAUGUGUUGCUUUGCUCGUUUCCCUGACACUACAGCAACUCUAUGUAUCCGUUUUCUCGUAGCGCUCGUGUUGUCCGUGCCCUUUAUCGGUUCGUUCCGUAUCGCUCUGGUCGCUCUCGUAGUCGUAUGCUUUCGUGCUUUAAAAAUCCUCCGUGAAAUCAGUGCGUGUUUCAGUAGAUGAGUCCUUUGAGUUCAUUCAGAAACGUGUCUCAUUAUUGCACUUUAUGCAUUUAUUUAAAACACUGAUUUCUCAGAGUGUAUAUACCAAACCCCCCGUCCCCACCUACCCUCGUGACUGUUAUGUGCACUGGACCUGUCUGUCCUGUCUUUGAUAAAACUUGCCUUCUUGUAAAAAAAAAAAAAAGAAGAAGAAGAAGAAAAAAAGAAAAGAAAAAUGAAAAAAGCAAAUUGAAUUAUAGUUAUUUUUUGAAAACUUCUAUAAAAAAUCUAUUGAAGAGAGCUGAGUUUUUACUCAGUCGGUGAGUAUUUUGUUACACUGUUACACAUUUUUCUUUCCUAAACUUUUUGCACGCAGGUGCGUCUGUCGUGUCGCUGCAGCUCUGACUGCAUCAUGUCGGACUAAAGAAAACCAAACAAUGCUCGAAGACGUUUGUAAUAAAUUAUUAAUCAGCAAAAAAAAGAAAAAAGAAAAACAAACAAACCACGGUUCAAGUUACAAAAAUAGUGCAUUGGACAUUUGCAGUAAGUGUUAUUGUAAUACUGUGCCAGAUGGGAUGAGUCAGUCCCUGAAAAGUAUUUUGCAGAAUUAAUAUUGCAGUUCAGUGCAGGUAGAAUAAAAUGUAAAAUAGAUAUAGAUUCAUUCCCAGGACACUAUUCGGCUGUUAUGUUCCUGAAACAUCGCGUCUGUCGAUGUGUGUCGAGGAACCCUGUGCCGGCAUAUUUAUUUUCAUGCAACACAAAACUAUGAUUGAAUCUUAAAAUUAGAUUUUUAAGCUUUUUCCUUUAAAAAAACAACAACAACAAAACAAAAUAUUUCAGAUGCAUCAUGUUUGUCAGUGACCCUGCGUUCUAGUUAUCACUGUGGGAAAGCGGGUUGGUUGUUUUUCUAUUUUAAUAAUUUUGUGACUGCACGAAUCUCCUUAAGUGUUUUCUCUUUAUGGCUUGUUUUUUUAAAAACUCAUUUUAUUUUUAAGGGUUAGGUCGAUUUUGUUUGUCUGAGCAAGCGUGUUGUUUUUUCCCCCUUGUUCGCUAAACUCGUCUUUUGUCCCUCUUUGAUUCUGCAUCGUGUACAGGCUACGUAACUGCUAAGUGAAGCCUAAAAGCAUCAGAUAUGUGGUAAUCAGCCUUUCAUGCACAUGUAGAAGCCGCUGUUUGAUACUGUGUUUUAUACCGCAAUAUCCAGUAUGCGCUUAUUUUCCCGUGGAACACCCACACAGAGUUUUGAUUAUGUCAUGGUAAAUCUAUAGACUAGCUUUGUAUAUUGCUGUAUGGUAGGAACAAUGUUUUUCGUGCUUUAUGUGAUAUGAUGUCAAAGUAAGAAAAUGCACUGAGAAAUACUGUGCUGCAAUAUGUCAUUGUGGCUCUAUAUUCUCUGCUGGACCUCCAGACUUUAUAGUGAGCCUGACAUCUUUUGUGGGUUCUUUAUUUCCGUUUGUUUUUUGUUUUGUGUUUUUUUUUUUUAAAACACUUUUUGUGCUCAUGUAGAUAAGCGCUGACUGAUGCGUCGCCUGUUACUGCCACCUUUUUAAGCAGUAACGUUCAAGUAUCGCACCAGUGUUUACAGAGACAAGAGUUUACAGCAAAGCAACGUUUGUUUUCCUCUACCUUAAAAUGUUUCAGCUGAGUUAAAUACUGUAUCUGGAAAAACAGACUACAUGCAUGUAGAACCACUUGCAGUGUAGAUUAGCUAAACAAUUUUGUGGUUUAAACAGUGAAUCAGUAAUGUUGAACAGUUAUUUCAAUAUUAUUAUUUAUUAAUUCAGAGUUAUCUGAUAUUUCGUUUGGACCUCGUCCAUAUGCAUUUCAAGGCCCUUGAAGCACUUUUCAUUUACUUGAAAAACUUUUAUUCUGCAGGAAUUCCACUUCCUGUUACAUAUUAGACUAUUUAGAUUCUUUUGGUCUUUACUUCAGAGCAGAUUUGUCUACAGCACUGUAUCUUUUUUCUCCUUCUUUUUAAAGUAAAAUCAACAUUUGCACCAAAGGUAAAAAAAAAAAAAAAAAAGAGAGCCA